AUGGAAACGCUAUGGAGGACUGGUCUGGUCUGCACUGUCAUCGUCGUCCUGGUUGCCACCGAGGUCGCAGGAGGUCACAGAGAUGAGUUCGCUCAGUCACAAGCUGCCUUCCUGUCCAGUCUAGGCCAGUAUGAGAUUGCCAUCCCAGUACGUGUUGGACCAGAUGGUGAGACGCUAGACACAGCAACGUCUCAACACCACCACAGAAGAAGACGCAGCACUGAAGACAAGCCACCAGACUCUCUCUUCUACCAGCUCUCCACAUCACGUAACAACUUCCUGCUGAACCUGACCCUGCAGGGAGGUCUGCUUUCCCGGCAGUUCAGGGUGGAGUACUGGAAAAGAGGUCGAUUAGCCUGGAGUCACCCAUACUCUCCCCACUGCCAUUAUGUAGGACACCUCCAAGACCAGCCUCACUCCAGCAAAGUGGCCCUCAGCAACUGUAACGGCCUGCAGGGGGUGAUUGUUGCAGGGGGAGAGGAGUACCUGAUUGAACCCCUUGUCUCACCAGAUAACCAGACCAGGACAGAGAAGGGGGAGAGAACAGAGGGGCGCCCCCAUGUGGUUUACAAGCGGUCAUCUCUCCGCCAUCAGUACAAGGGCCAAUCUUGUGGAGUCAUUGAUGAGAAGCCGAUGAAGGGGGCGUCAUGGUGGCAGCGGACUCUGAAGACGCCUCCUCAUCACGUCGGCCGCGGCCAGCUGCCACUAAAGCGCUCGGUGAGCCGGGAGCGCUACGUUGAGACACUGGUGGUAGCUGACAAGAUGAUGGUGGGUUACCACGGUCGCAGGGACAUCGAGCAGUACAUCCUGGCUGUCAUGAAUAUUGUUGCCAAACUGUUCCAGGAUUCUAGCCUCGGGAAUGCAGUCAACAUUGUGGUGACUCGACUCAUCCUGCUCAUGGAGGACCAGCCAACACUAGAGAUCAACCAUCAUGCAGGGAAGUCUUUAGACAGCUUCUGUAAGUGGCAGAAAACCAUCCAGCACCGGAGCAGCUAUGGGAACGCCAUACCCGACAACGGCAUCGCUCACCACGACACCGCUGUGCUUAUCACCAGAUACGACAUCUGCAUCCAAAAAAACAAGCCCUGUGAAACCCUAGGUCUGGCUCCUGUUGGGGGGAUGUGUGAGCCAGAGAGAAGCUGUAGCAUCAAUGAGGACAUCGGCCUGGGAACAGCUUUCACGAUCGCCCAUGAGAUUGGACACACGUUUGGGAUGAACCAUGACGGGAUGGGAAACGCCUGUGGGCCCCGCAGCCAGGAGACCGCCAAACUGAUGGCCGACCACAUCACCAUGAAGACAAACCCAUUCAUCUGGUCGGCCUGUAGCCGGGAUUACAUCACCAGCUUCCUGGAUUCAGGUAUGGGCUCCUGUCUGAACAACGUCCCCCCCAAGCAGGAGUUUGUGUACCCCACUACAGCCCCCGGUCAGGCCUACGAUGCAGACGAACAGUGCCGUUUCCAGUAUGGUGUCAGAUCUCGACAGUGUAAAUAUGCGGAAGUUUGCAGUGAACUUUGGUGCAUGAGCAAGAGCAACCGUUGCAUCACCAGCAGCAUCCCCGCUGCAGAGGGAACCAUCUGUCAGACCAACACCAUAGAGAAAGGGUGGUGCUACAAGAGGGUGUGCGUGGCCUAUGGGACACGUCCAGAGGGCGUGGACGGGGGCUGGGGACUGUGGUCACCCUGGGAGGAGUGUAGCAGGACCUGUGGAGGUGGAGUCUCAUCCUCUAUAAGACACUGCGACAGCCCCAGGCCAACCAUUGGUGGAAAGUAUUGUCUGGGGGAGAGAAAGCGCUUCAGGUCCUGCAAUAUUGAUGAGUGCCCCGCAGGCUCACGGGAUUUCCGGGAGAUGCAGUGCUCCGACUUCGACAGCGUUCCUUUCCGGGGGAAAUUUUACACCUGGAAGCCAUACAGAGGAGGUGGGGUGAAGCCUUGCUCUCUCAACUGCCUCGCCGAAGGAUACAACUUCUACACAGAGCGUGCUCCAGCUGUGGUGGACGGCACACCUUGCCGGGAUGACUCUCUGGACGUGUGUGUAAACGGAGAGUGUAAGCACGUAGGCUGUGAUCGAAUCCUCGGCUCAGACGUUCGUGAGGACCGCUGUCGGAUCUGCGGAGGUGAUGGGAGCAGCUGCGUGUCUGUGGAGGGAGUCUUCAACGACUCACUGCCCGAAGGAGGUUAUGAAGAGGUUGUCAGAAUUCCUAAAGGAUCCGUGUUCAUCCACAUACAAGAGCUCAACAUCUCCCUAAACUACCUUGUGCUGAAGAGUAAAGGCGAUCAGUACUUUAUCAAUGGGAAGCUGACAAUUGACACACCACGCAGGUUUGAAAUCGCUGGAACAACCUUCCACUAUAGGAGACCCACUGAUGCACCAGAAACUCUUGAGGCUCUGGGACCAACAAAUAUGACCCUCAUCGUCAUGGUGCUGGUGAGGGAGGAGAACCCGGGGAUCCACUAUCGUUUCAACCCCCCACUCAACAGGGAUCCACUGAGUGGCUUUGCCUGGCACUACACAUCCUGGUCACGCUGCUCGGCUCUGUGUGCUGGAGGUGUACAGACCCAGCAGGUGGUGUGUAAGAAGCAGGGAGAUCAUACAGUCGUCUACAACCACUUCUGUGAUAAGAAGAACAAACCCAAAGAGAAGAGAAGAUCCUGCAAUACUGAGCCAUGCUCCCCAAGCUGGUGGACAGGAGAGUGGUCGGAGUGCAGCCGCAGCUGUAACGGAGGUGUGCGUACACGGGAGGUGUUAUGUAAAAGGAGGAUCUCUGCGUCAGAGGAGAAGGUCCUGGACGACUCAGCCUGCACCUCAACACGCCCCUCACUCACUGAGCCCUGCAGCAACCACAGCUGCCCCCCUGAAUGGCUGGCCCUGGACUGGUCAGAGUGUACGCCCAGCUGUGGUCCUGGCUACAGGCACCGUGUGGUCUUGUGCAAGAGCGGGGAGAGUGGCGACACGCUGCCAGAGUCCAAGUGCCCCAAGCAUGGUCGGCCCACCUCCAGAGUGCGCUGUAACCUGCAGCGCUGCCCUCCGCCUCAGUGGGUGACGGGUCCCUGGGGAGAGUGCUCUGCCAAAUGCGGUCUGGGUCAGGAGAUGCGUUCGGUGCAGUGUCUGACUCACACGGGCCAGCCGUCCAAUGAGUGUCUGGAGCAUCAGCGGCCAGCAGCCAUGCAGCAGUGCAAGAGCAAAUGUGACCUCAGUCUGCCCAUCAGUACAGACAACCCUGAAGAGUGUAAAGAUGUGAACACUGUGGCCUACUGCCCCCUGGUGCUCAGGUUCAAGUUCUGCAGCCGGCCAUAUUUUAGACAAAUGUGCUGCAAAACCUGCCAGGGACACUGA